CUCCGUCUCGUCAACAGCUUUAGCUUGUGGGAUGUCAAAAUGAAGCCCUGGUCCACACUUUUUUUGGUCUUUUCAAUUCUUUCCGGUGUGAUUGCCGCGAAGCCGUCAUCAGGCAUAUUUGAGAAAUAUCAAUCUCUCUCACGUUCCGGACCGGCUCCUCUCAACGAUGCCGCUUUCGACGAGCUGACCACCGCUCCUCGAGAUUACUAUGCCGCAAUUAUCUUGACUGCAAUGGAUGCCCGCUAUGGCUGUCUUAUGUGCCGUGAAUUCGACUCUGAAUGGGAUCUCAUUGCUCGGAGCUGGAACAAGGGCAACAAGCCUGACGGGUUGAAAGUGGUUUUUGGGACGCUGGAUUUCGAUCAUGGGAAGACCGUGUUCCAAAAGUUGAUGCUUCAGACUGCCCCCGUCAUUCUGUUGUUCCCUCCCACUGUUGGACCUUUCGCCAAGCUAGAUUCAGAACCGAUGAGGUUUGACUUUACAGGACCACUCUCCGCGGACCAGCUCUAUGCAUGGAUCGGCCGUCACCUGCCCGACGGGCCCAGGCCGCCCUUGGUUCGACCUGUCAAUUACAUGCGCAUCGUGUCCGUCAUUACUAUCCUUAUGGGGACUGUUACACUCUUUACGGUUCUGUCCCCCUACGUACUGCCAAUCAUCCAGAAUCGCAAUCUCUGGGCUGCGGUUAGCUUAAUUGCCAUUCUUCUAUUCACUAGUGGCCAAAUGUUCAACCAUAUCCGCAAAGUUCCAUAUGUUGCGGGUGAUGGGCAUGGCGGUAUUAGCUACUUUGCUGGCGGCUUCCAGAAUCAAUUUGGAUUGGAAACUCAAAUCGUGGCUGCAAUCUAUGCUGUUCUCUCAUUUGCCACUAUUGCCCUUGCGCUGAAGGUGCCCCGAAUGGAAGACGUCAAGGGACAGCAGCUGGCUGUGCUGAUUUGGGCAGGUGUUCUUUUUGGAACCUACAGUCUUCUUCUGAGCGUUUUCAAGGCCAAAAAUGGUGGCUAUCCGUUCUACCUUCCGCCGUUCUAA